CACCACACACCAAGACAGCAAAUUCUCUCAGCGCAACGAUGGAUUCCGUGAAGCUGGUAGAGAGUUUGGCAGCCUUCCUUGCCCUUGUCUUCCUCUACCAUAUUUGGCCAAAGAGGAAGGGAGAAACAAAACGCCGACCGACUGAGCCCGGUGGUGCUUGGCCUGUAGUUGGCCACCUUCGCCUGCUGACUGGAACCACACCUCUCCAUAGAACCUUGGCUGCUCUCUCAGAGAAGCAUGGGCCUUUGUUCACCCUUCGACUAGGUCAAAUGCGUGCUUUGGUAGUGGGCAGCAUGGAUCUAGCCAAGGAGUGCUUCACCACAAACGACCAAGCCUUUGCCAGUCGUCCCCCAUUGGAGAGCUCCAAAUGCCUCGGCUAUGGCUGCGCCAUGCUUGGGCUCGCCCCGUACGGACCUUACUGGCGCGAAGUCCGCAAGAUAACCACCAUCGAACUGUUAUCAAACAGGCGACUCGACCUGCUCAAGCACAUCCGAGUCGAGGAGGUGGGCUCCUUGGUGGAGGCCUUAUACCGCAGCUGCGCCGGCGAUUACUCCGUGGACAUUAAUCGGCUUUUCAGCAACUUGAGCAUGAACAUCGUUCUUAGGAUGGUCGCCGGAAAACGGUACUUUAAUUUGGACGGUGAAGAAAAUGAUGGUGAUGAAGAAGAGUUUAGAAAAGUGAUAAGUGAGUUUUUCCAUCUGUUGGGAGUAUUAACGGUGAGUGACGCGAUACCAUGUCUGGAGUGGCUAGAUGUUGGUGGCCACCUCAAAGACAUGAAGAGGGUUAAAAAGAAGAUGGACGGAUUUGCAUCGGCUUGGCUUGCAGAGCACCGGCGCGAGAGAAAGUCCGGCAGAAGGGACACGGAGAGAGAUUUCAUCGACGUGCUCAUUAAAGAGGUAGAAGACGACCACUUGUCCAAAAAGCACCAAACGGACACCAUAAUCGAAGCCACUGCUAUGAGUUUGGUAGCAGCAGGCACGGAUACGACGUCGGUCACCUUAGAGUGGGCUCUCUCCGCUAUGCUCAACAAUCGGCAGGUGCUGGAAAAAGCAAAAGAAGAGUUGGACUGCAAGGUAGGGAGGGAGAGACAAGUGGAAGAAUCAGACAUAAAGAACUUGGCAUACUUGCAAGCCAUCCUAAAAGAGACAAUGCGCCUGUACCCGGCAGUGCCGCUCUUGGUCCCGCACCAGUCCAUCGAGCCCAUCCAUCUUGGUGGGUACCACAUACCGACCGGCACUACCCUGUUUGUUAACACCUGGAAGAUACAUCGAGAUCCAAUGUUGUGGACGGACCCAGAAGAGUUCAGGCCAGAGAGGUUCUUGACGAGCGACAAAGAGAUUGGUUUCGGUGGCCAGAACUUUGCCUUCAUGCCGUUCGGAAUGGGGCGGAGGAUGUGCCCCGGCUGGACAAUGGCUUUGCAAGUUCUUCACUUAACUUUGGCACGCUUGCUACAGAGCUUUGAGUGGUCGAUGCCCAUGGACGAGCCAGUUGAUAUGACCGAAGGGUUUGGGCUGACCAUGCCCAAAGCAGCUCCACUCAAAGUCCGUUUGACUCCUCGCCUCCCACCUCACCUCUAUUAGUGAAACUGCUCGUAUAUAUUGCUUGCUGUUUUCUGUAUGCUUCAAGAUGAUUUAGCAAUAAUUCUUUCUAUUUUACUUCCAAACAAACAAUGAGGUAAUAAAAGGAGAAUGUUAUAAGAGAAGUUUAUGAGGUAAUAA